AUGUCGAGCACCCAAUCGUCGUCUUCGUCGUCGUCGUCGCAGCACAUUCCGGCUUGGAAAAAGAUGGGCUUGAAGCUCAAGUAUGCUAAGGAUACGUCUGGGGAGGUGGAAUCCGGAAAGGGAGAGGGAAAGGAGAAUGUGAGCGUGGAGGGGAAGGAUCUGGAGAAGAAGCAGCGGAAGAGUAAGAAGAGACGGCUUGAGGAGGAGGAUGACGAUGAGGUGAAAAAUAAGGGAGGAAAGGGAGAUGGGGAGGCUGCGAAGAAGAAAAAGAAGAAGAGGGUGUCGUUUUCGGCGGGAGUGAAGGAAUAUGAUGGGUCGGAGGAUGAGGAGGUGCCGGAGGCAGAGCCGGUGAAGGAUGAUGAUGAUAAGGCUGUGGUUGAGGAGGGUGCUGGGGAUGAUAAUGAGGGAGAUGAUGAAGGAGAGAAGGAGAAGAAGAAGAAGAAGAAGGAGAAAAAGAAGAAGAACAAGGAUAAGAAGAAGGACGGUUCGACGGAGGAUGCGUCUGCGACACCGAAAAUCCACGAAACGCCGAUUCUGUCCUACUUGAGUCUUUAUCACAAACAUCGCUCGGCGUGGAAGUUUCAGAAGAAUCGUGAGACGCAUCUUUUCAAGCAUGUCUUGUCGUUGGAGCAGGUCCCGGCGCAGUAUAAUGCUGCUUUGCUUGCGUAUCUGCGGGGGUUGAAAAGUGAGGGUGCGAAGCUACGGUUGAGACAGAUUGCGGAGGAGGCUGUCAAGGCUGAGAUCGAGGCUGAGGACCACUAUGACAAGGCCAUUGCGGCUUUCCGGAUACGCUUGUCUGCGGGCCAGGAGGAUCUUGAUAGCCAGGAUAUUGCCGGGCAGUUUGAUGCUGAGGCGCUGAAGAAGGUCGAGAAGAGACGACGGGCUGAGCUCGUUCUGUUCGCCGUUAACGACACGCUGUUCAAUUACCAGAAGCCGAAAGCUCUGCCACAGAAAGGAAAGAAGGCGCAGGCUCAGCCCGGCAAGAAAAAGAAGAAGAACCGUACCGCGUUCGUGGAGAUCUCGAGCAGCAGUGAGAGUGAGAGCUCUAGCGACAGUGAUAGCGACAGCGACGACGAGAAGAAGACCAAGGCUAAGCCUUCAAGCGCCAAAGCCUCCGCCUCGAAAGAUAGCAGAAGUGCAUAUGACAGACACAUUACCAUCUUCUCAGACCAGGGUCGUCUGUACCAAGUCGAAUAUGCCUUCAAGGCCAUCACCUCUGCCAACAUCACCUCGCUAGGUGUGAGGGGAAAGAACUGCGCGGUGGUUCUGUCCCAGAAGAAAGUUGCUGACAAAUUGAUCGACCCCUCCUCCGUUUCGCACAUCUUCAGACUCUCCCCCUCGGUGGGCUGUGUCAUGACUGGCUCCAUCGCUGAUGCGAGGGCAAGUGUUGACCGUGCUCGUGGUGAGGCGGCUGAAUUCAGAUACAAGUACGGCUACGAGAUGCCCUGUGAUGUCCUUGCAAAGCGUCUUGCCAAUAUCAACCAGGUCUACACGCAAAGGGCUUACAUGCGUCCGCUCGGAGUUGCUAUGACCCUGAUCUCCGUUGACUCGGAGAAGGGCCCACAACUCUACAAGUGCGACCCGGCUGGGUACUAUGUCGGAUACAAGGCGACUGCAUCUGGACCGAAGCAGCAGGAGGCGCUCAAUUACUUGGAGAAGAAGCUGAAGAACAAGGAUUACGCCGAGGGCAGCUGGGAGGAGGUUGUCGAGCUGGGUAUCACGGCCCUGAGCAAUGUGCUGAGUGUUGAUUUCAAGAAGCACGAACUGGAGAUCGGGAUCGUCGGAGGACCGCGCGCUGAUGGCCAGGAAGGGACAGACAUUGGAUUCCGGGCUUUGACGGAGGAGGAGAUCGACGAACGACUGCAGGCCAUCAGCGAAAAGGACUGA